AUGGUAGGGGCACCUGUCCUAAAUCAGCCCCUUAAAGUCUUGAUAGCACAGCAAAAUCCCAUCAUCAAAGCCCAAGAAAUCGAUUUCAAUCUCAAAGAACAAGAAUGUGUAUCCCUUAUAAAAACGUGCAAGAAUAUGCUAGAAUUCAAGAAAGUCCACGGCCAAAUCCUAAAGCUGGGAUUUUUCUGGAGCCCAUUUGUUGCCAGCAAUCUUGUAGCCACCUGUGCUCUAGCAGAAUGGGGCAGCAUGGAUUACGCCUGCUCGAUUUUUCAAAAAAUCGAAAACCCGAGCUCGUUCGAGUUUAAUGCCAUGAUUAGAGGCUACACAAAGGAUAUGAACUCAAAAGAAGCAAUUCUUAUUUAUCUUGAUAUGCUUGAGGUUGGUGUCGAGCCUGAUAAUUUCACGUACCCUCCCCUGCUUAAAGCGUGUUCAGUUCUAUCAACUGCUGAAGAAGGUAAACAGAUUCACGGGCACAUUUUAAAGUUUGGAUUAUUUGAGGAUGUGUUUGUGCAGAAUAGUUUGAUAAGCAUGUAUGGAAAAUGUGGUCUUUUGGGAAAUUCUUGUGAUGUUUUCAGUAAAAUGGAUUUCAAGACAGUUGCUUCGUGGAGUGCACUUAUUGCGGCUCAUGCGAAUUCGGGCAUGUGGGCCGAGUGCCUGAGGCUGUUUUCUAACAUGAUUGGGGAGGGUUCUUGGAGGGCCGAGGAAAGCACUUUGGUCAACGUCAUUUCUGCCAGUGCUCAUUUAGGCACGCUCGAUUUCGGCAAAUGCACGCACACAUAUCUGCUUAGAAACUUGAGCGGACUAAAUGUUGCGGUCGAGACUUCCUUAAUGGACAUGUAUUUAAGGUGCGGAAGUUUGGAUAAAGGGAUGUCCCUUUUUCGCGAAAUGGGCCCGAGAAAGAAUCGCAAGUCUUAUAGCGUGAUGAUUUCUGGACUCGCGAGCCACGGCCAAGGUGAAAAAGCUCUGGUUAUUUUCGAGCGAAUGUUGGAAAACGGGCUGAAGCCCGAUGACGUUACUUAUGUGGGGGUCCUAAGUGCUUGCAGCCAUGCUGGUUUAGUCGAGACGGGCUUGAAGUAUUUUGACCGAAUGAAAUUUGAGCACAAGAUAAAUCCCACAAUGCAGCAUUAUGGCUGCAUGGUCGAUCUAAUGGGCCGGGCUGGGCUGGUUCAUGAAGCUUUGGAGCUCAUCAAGGCCAUGCCCAUGGAGCCCAACGAUGUUAUAUGGCGUAGUCUUCUAAGUUCUUGCAAAGUUCAUAAGAAUUUGGAAGUAGGGAAGUUGUCAGCUGAAAAAUUGUUCGAACUGAACACACAAAACGCAGGCGAUUAUGUAAUGAUGUCUAAUAUCUACGCGCAAGAUCAAAGAUGGCAAGAUGUGGCCUCGAUUCGGGUUAAACUGGCUAAUGACGGUUUGAACCAAGUGGUUGGAUGGAGCUCGGUCGAGGUCAAGGGGAAAAUUCACAAGUUCGUCUCGAACGACAAAUCGCACAGCGACUUUCGGGAGAUUUACGAGAUGAUUCACCAAAUGGAGUGGCAAUUAAAAUUCGAGGGGUACUCACCGGACACGUCUCAAGUGUUGCUUGAUGUUGGCGGGGAAGAGAAGAGGGAGAGACUGAGUUUACAUAGUCAGAAGCUGGCGAUUGCGUUUUCGCUAAUUCGUGUUUCCGAGGGGAGUCGUAUAAGGAUAGUGAGGAACGUUAGGAUGUGUAGUGAUUGUCACACGUAUACGAAACUAAUUUCGGUCAUCUAUGGGAGAGAGAUUGUCGUGAGGGAACGAAAUGUGUUCCAUUGUUUUAGAGAUGGGGCUUGCUCUUGUAAAGACUUCUGGUGA